AUGAAGGGCUGGCGCGCGAUAGUACUGGGCGGCACGGGUGCCACAGGCAGGGAACUGGUGCGCGAGCUGAUUGAGUCGCCCAAGUGGAGCCGCAUAACCCUCAUCAACAGGCGCCAGGCCGAUGAGUUCCAAAGCGACAAGGUGGAGCAGGUAGUGGUGAACAUGGACGAAAUGGAGCAGCAUGCCGACUCGUUCAAGGACCACGACGUCCUCGUGCCACUAUGA